GCGCACUCGCGGCCGCAGGCUGGGCACCGUGCAGGGGGGCAGCCGUCCAGUCGGGCCCUGUCCGGGGCACCGGGGCAUCGCCCUUUUCGGCCGGGGACGCCCGGGGUUCGGGCGCCGACGAGGCGCAGCCCGUUGCGGGGGAGAGCAGCAUGGAGUCGACAAGCAAGCAGAUGACGGCUCCCCUGAUGCUGGCGGUGGGAGUGGCUGUGCUCGGCUCCUUGCAGUUUGGCUACAACACAGGUGUGAUCAAUGCUCCACAGAAGGUGAUCGAAGAGUUUUACAACUACACCUGGGAGAGCCGCUACAAGGAGCCCAUUCCAGCCAACACGCUCACCACGCUCUGGUCCCUCUCGGUCGCCAUCUUUUCCGUCGGAGGCAUGAUUGGCUCCUUCUCCGUAGGACUCUUCGUCAACCGCUUUGGCCGGCGGAACUCCAUGCUGAUGGUGAACUCUCUGGCCUUCAUCUCCGCCAUUCUCAUGGGCUUCUCUAAAAUGGCUUACUCCUUCGAGAUGCUGAUCCUCGGCCGCUUUGUCAUCGGCCUCUACUGUGGCCUGACCACAGGCUUCGUGCCCAUGUACGUGGGUGAGGUGUCUCCGACUGCUCUGCGGGGGGCCCUGGGCACCUUCCACCAGCUGGGCAUCGUCAUUGGCAUCCUCAUCGCUCAGGUGUUUGGUCUGGACUUCAUCAUGGGGAACGAGGUGCUGUGGCCCUUACUCCUGGGCUUUACCUUCGCCCCGGCCUUGAUCCAGUGCGUCCUGCUGCCCUUCUGUCCGGAGAGCCCCCGCUUCCUCCUCAUCAAUCGCAACGAGGAGAAUAAAGCCAAGAACGUGCUGAAGAAGCUGAGGGGGACCACGGACGUCAGCAGCGACCUGCAGGAGAUGAAGGAAGAGAGCCGGCAGAUGAUGCGGGAGAAGAAAGUGACCAUUCUGGAGCUGUUCCGCUCCCCCAUGUACCGACAGCCCAUCCUCAUCGCCGUGGUGCUGCAGCUGUCCCAGCAACUCUCGGGGAUCAAUGCCGUCUUCUACUACUCUACCAGCAUCUUUGAGAAGUCGGGGGUGGAGCAGCCCAUCUAUGCCACCAUCGGGUCCGGGGUGGUGAACACGGCCUUCACAGUCGUGUCUCUCUUCGUGGUGGAGCGGGCCGGGCGCCGGACCCUGCAUCUCAUCGGCCUGGCCGGCAUGGCAGGCUGCACUGUGCUCAUGACCAUCGCCCUCACGCUGCUGGACCAGCUGCCCUGGAUGUCUUACAUCAGCAUCGUCGCCAUCUUUGGCUUCGUGGCCUUUUUUGAGAUCGGCCCCGGUCCCAUCCCCUGGUUCAUCGUGGCCGAGCUGUUCAGCCAGGGGCCGCGGCCGGCAGCCUUCGCCGUGGCCGGCCUGUCCAACUGGUCCUCCAACUUCUUGGUGGGGAUGUGCUUCCAAUACGUCGAGCAACUCUGUGGCCCUUAUGUCUUCAUCAUCUUCACCGUGCUCCUCAUCCUCUUCUUCAUCUUCACCUACUUCAAGGUCCCCGAGACCCGAGGCCGGACCUUCGACGAGAUCGCCUCGGGCUUCCGCCAGGGAGCGGGUGGCCCCAGCGACAAGACCCCCGAUGAGUUCCACAGCCUGGGGGCCGACUCCCAGGUGUAGGCCGGGCCGGGCCGGGCUUCCCGGCGGGGCUUGAGGAAGGAGUCGGGUGGAAAGAGCCGUCCGGGCCGGGCCCGGGCUCCCGGCGUCCCCACCGGCCGUGGCUACGCCUACCUGCCUUUUAGGGACGGUAACCGGUCCUCGCAGUCGAUAGUUUCAGUGAGAAGCCUCGCCCCCACCCCAGCCUCCACCUACCUUCUCCCAGGCCCGGUCAGACUGAACGGAAGGCUCCUUUUCAUUAGGGAUCGUUGGUGGCAAAACCACACUGGAACUUAAAGCCUCCGGCUUCACCAGGCAAACAGAGCUGUCGUCGGAGUUGACAAGCCAGCACCAGAGUUUCAACUUUGGUCUUUUUACUGACUCGUCGAGGGCUCUGCUCUCUCCCUGGGGGUCGCUGACCCGGGCUGGGGGGAAUUAGGGGGGCGGUCUGGCUUAGUGGGGCCGGGGAGGGGGCUGCAGCAUCUUGUUGGAGUGGAGAAGUUUUUUUCAGGCUUUUUCUCCAACACUAAUGGUUCGGGCUGGCCCCAUGACCCAGGACGCGCCUAUUUGGGCCCAUGCUACCCCCCAUGCAGAGGGUGGGUUGGAGGCCGAGAGCCCAGGACCUCAGCCUCCGCCCCCAUCACCUUCUGGGGGACUAUGGCCCUGCUCCCCACACUAUUCCCUUUCCUUGCCCAUUACACCCUGCUAGGGGAGGCUGUGGUCACUGGCUCAGUGGAAUCCCCCCGACACCUGCAGAGCUGAGGGCUCCCGGGGGUGUCGGAGACCGUCUUGGGAGCGACCAGAAUGGCCCCCCUCACGGGGGCCGGUCCACAGGGUCCCCUCUUCCCGGGCCCGGGCAGAUUCGGCAACUUUCUCUGAGCGGGGCGACAGAUUUUUCUCACCCUCCUUGUAGAUUGGAAGGUAUUUAUGUGUGUGGGUGUGUGUGCGGGUUAUGUGGGUGUGCGCAUUGGGUGUGUGUGUGUGUGAGACCGUCAGUGCUCCAUGUAGUCCUUAAAUUAUAGGGCAUCAUGCCAACAGGCUGCGUUGUGUAAAUAUGCAGGAGUUCUUAUUCCCAUUGUAAUAUCGCCUUAAGAAGUUUCCCUAGAAAGGCUUCGUUUCCAUAGCAACCGUCCUGAGCCGCUUGUGUAGGUAGAACGACUGUGGUAUGGUACUGGGCUGCACUGUAGUCGCCCCCGUUGCACUGAAUUCCGGACUGUUAAUGUUACGGCCUCUAAACCAACCUGCCUGUCUGCCCGUCUGUCCGCGGGCAGCGCUGACACUAACGGCAUCGAUCUCCCCAAGGCACGCGCCGCGGUUUUAAUCGUAUUUUUUUAUUUAUUUGUCUGGUUUUAAAAAGACUACAUGACCACACUUGAAAUAAACUUAGAAAAUCCUCUGUGA